CACUAGUCUGUGGCAACCGACAGCGCGCGAACGCGGCGGUAAAAUUGGCACGCUUUUCUAAGUGACAUUUAAAAUAUUCGAAAAUGGAAGGCUGUGGAAUGAAUUGCAUAAAAUACCUCUUGGUUGUAUUCAAUGCCAUUUUUAUGAUAUUGGGCAUCAUAAUAAUAGCAGCAGCAUGCGUGGAUAUGGGCAUGAUAAAGGGUUUCGCUGGAAUGGAAACCACCACUGGCCAUGAGACCGAUGCUGUGCUGAUUGCAGUGGGGGUCCUCAUCAUCAUUGUGGCAGCAUUUGGUUGCUUUGGUUCCUGGAAGGAGAGUCCUAAGCUAUUGUAUAUUUUUGUUGGAUGUUUGAUCCUCAUAAUUUUAUUGGAGCUGUCUGUGGGCAUAGCGGCCGCUGCGUUGAGACCACAGAUCGAAGGCACCAUGAAAUCCCAGCUUCGUGCGUCCUUUAUUAAGAACAAGUCAGUUCGCGACGAAGAUUCAACCUACAGGGAGUUUUGGGAUAAAAUUCAAACUAGCUUGGAAUGUUGCGGUGUGUCCGGUCCAGAUAACUACGCAGCUUCUGAGCCUAGACUGAACCCUUCAUACAGCUGCUGUCCUCCAGACGAUUCUGAUAGAGCCGUGGAAAUCAAACGUUCCGACUGCAUCUCGCUAAACAAGUACUACCAGGAUGGCUGCGAGAGUAAAGUUUUCAAUACCGUUCACAGCGCCGGCCUGACCGUUAUUGUCUGCGGUAUUCUCUUCUGCUUCCUCGAGGUAAUUGGAAUAGUGUUAGCCUUAUGGUUGGCGCACUCAAUUAAAACAGAAAAGGGACAAGAGGCAGCUUAAACGAGUACAUUUUAGAUUUUUCGGCAUAUUUGAUAUAAUCCUAGUCUAUAUGUUGUAAUGUUUUAAGAUUUUAAAUUAUUCUAUAUAAUAUUUAUCUUCGUACCACGGAACAAAUUCAUAGAAGAAUAAGUUUGAAAUACGAAAGUAAGUUUCGACAAAGUUACCCGUAGUUUGUCUCUUUAUAAUUUAAGGAAUCGUUAUUCUAAAAUCAAUUAAAUUAAGUAAUGUUUUGCGAUUUAUAAUGAUAAACUCUUAUGAAGUAGAAUUACCAUAUUUGAUGAUGCACAAUAUAUUGCCUAAAUUAUAAAUAUUAUCAAUUACUAAGCUUAGUUCAAAAUCCUUAAUAUUAUAUUAUCGUUUUAAGAAAAUUUUCUUGCUGAAUUGACAGCAGUGUAGGUACAUAAAAAUUGUGAAAUGUUAAUGAUUUAACUUCUAUGAUGUUAUUGAUUGAAUGUAGGAAAUUGGAGCUUUUAGGCUAUUUUUAUUAAUUCCUUAACGCGUUUAGUCUUGUACAUAUUAUAAUGUAGAUAUUUGAAUUUUUGUUCUAGUAAGCAAUAUUUUAAAAGUGCUUUAUUGUAUCACUUCGGCAUUCUUCAGGUCUCCAAAUAUGUACGAAUAUUUAACCAAUGCUCAGCCUUCACGCGCUACGUCACCAAACUACAGCCUACCCUCAUUGGCUGGAAGAAGGAAUUAAUACUUUUGCCGACAGAGCUUGUUUUAAUUAUUGGCUUUUUAUAUAUAACGUUAUAUUUAAAAAAUAUUAAUAGAAAAAACAUAUAAAAGUAAUUGUCUUCAAUCAAUCAUACUAACAUAAUAUAAGUUUGGUAUGACUAUUUGGAAAUUUCACAGUUUUUAAAGUCCCCAAUCUCCUUUAACUAGAUACUUUAUACUUUAAUAGAUAUGCUGGUGAGGAAACAAUAUAUUAUAUUUGUUGUUUUUAUUUAAAUAUUUAUUUAAGUUUAAAAAAAAUCAAAUACAAUAUCAAUAUGUAUACAUAAUAUUAUAUGAAUGUUUUUUUGUUCAUUUAUAAACGGUGGAGCUAUUCACAAAUAGUUAAACAGUAUGAUUGAUUAACCCUGACGGGACGUGACAUUUGGCGAUCCUAUAUAACGAAAAAUUAACAUUAACUGUUUAGUAAACUUAACCGAUACUUAAAUAAUAAAUAACACGAUGUAUGCAUCGUGCGGAAACACGGAUUACACACGGACCUGUCGGCGCUUGCGAAAUAUUAUAAAAAGAGUCGCUGAGUGCAAUGAACCCAAGUCGAUUAUUUAUUAUUUGAUUAUUUAAAGGGAAAUAAUUGAAUUCAGUAUAGCUAGUGUCUCACUAAUCAUAGGUUAUGUUAUUAUAAUAUUAUAUUUAUUAUUAUUACUAUGCAAAGUAGUAUGAGGAUUGUUUAGGUAUUAAAAUAUUUUAUUAAAAAAAAUAUUCCAUAUACUGUUAUAUAUUUAAUAUUAACUUCGCACUGAAUUUCAACUGGUGCUUUUUAUUUUAUCAACUUAUUAAUGUACUGUCUAUACUUUAUUUAGGCUAUUUGUAUUUUUAAUGAUUACAUGGCAGUGAUGACAUACGGAACGCAGGCGUGGUCGCCAGGUAUGGCCCUUAUGAGAAAGUGCAUGGUCGCUCAGAGGGCAACAGAACUAUGCUCGUUGUUUCCCUGCGAGAUCGAAUCAGAAAUUAGGAGAUCCGUAGGAGAACCAAAGUCGCCGAUAUAGCCCAGAUGGUUGCGAAACUGAAGUGGCAGUGGGCAGUGCCCCAAAGCUCGAAGGACAGAUGGCCGUUGGGGCUGUAAAGUCCUCGAAUAGCCAUCAUGUACCGGAGAAGACGUAGUGCUGGUAGGCCCCACACUGGUCAAGAUCGCUGGAAUUCGUUGGAUGAGGCAGCGUAGGACCGAUCGUCAUUGCGAUCUUUUGAGGCGGCAUUUGUCCAGCAGUGGACGUCUUCCGGCUGAAAUGAUAGUGUAAUGUGAUUAUAACUUAAAUGUAUACAGAUUCUUCAAUUUUAUUUGUUUAUAUAUAAGUAAUAUUGGUUACACUUAUUGAAAUAUUAUAUCCUAACCUAAGUACGUAACAUUAAAAUGCCUCUUAAGCUAACUCGUAUUCAUUAUAUUUUCUAGUCAAACAUUAACCAAAUACUUAUAUAUUAAUCGAUGUUAUUUUUAAGGCUAUGUUUCAUUGUCACAUUUUUAAUAUAGUACGUACAAUUCGUGUUAAAAGAAUUUAUACAAAUUCAUAAUUGUAAGGAUUUUGUCUUUAUUCUCACCUAAGACUUCACCACAACAGUAACUAAUAUGAUAAAUAAAUAUAUAAUAAAUGAAUAUAAUAGUGACUCAACUCCGCCACUAGACCGAGCAACCACAGGGUGUAGUCAAAGAGGACGACGUCCCCCUCCUGCCCGCGACGUCUGCGGUAGCACCGAUUCGUUCAAUUACAAAUCGGUACUUGUAUUUAGCCGUGUCACUUACAUUGAAUAAGUUGCAUUAUCCGUGUUACAACCCACACUUUGUGUGUCUUAUAUAUAUUUUGUUAAAUUAAUUAUCAAAUUAGUACUUUUUUUACUUUAAAUUGGCUUAACACAAUAUACGUCGAGCCAACGUUCUACGUAUUUAUCGGCCGAACAAAGGAGUUGAAUCACUAUUCGAAUUUAAAGCACAAUAUAAUAUGACAGUGAGAUCAGAAUAAAAUGUCUUACCAAGUGUGGAUUUUUUAAAUUAAGAAUUACUGUAGAAUUUUAGCACAUAGUACCUAUGAUCAUUCAUCAAUGAUAUUUUUUGUAAAGUUGAUAAACAAAUAUUCGGAUUUUUAACAUACGGAGUCGAUUUUAAUCCAUUAUCUUUCGAAGCUAGCGCAGAAACGCAAGGAAAUUUGGUAGUAUGAAUGAAUAUCGCGUGCAUAAAAAUCGAAUUGUAAAAUGAAAUUAAUUAUCGUUGUUACCCAGUUGUCGGUAAUGAAACUGUUCUAUCAGUUAUAAAGUUACCAAGUAAAUUCGAUAAUAAUUUGCAGUAAAAAAAAUACGCCUAAAUGAACAAUUCGUAUUACAAGUAAAAAUAAUAUUGUUUAAUUUAUUUAAAUAAAAUAAUUUUUAAAGUAUUAUAACUGGUGGAAUUAUAGCUGUAUUAUAUAAUAUGUUUAUGGGUAAUCGUUACAUAUUUAUUAUAAUUUAUUUAACCUUUCGUGAGCUUUACAACAUCAAGAUUUCAGAAAUACCUACCUACUUUAAAAGUAUUUUAUAUAAGAAAAUGUGUAAAUUCGCGUUAAUCAAAGAAAUUUUAAUAUUACUUAAGUUUUUAUGUUAAAACUUAACCUAUACAGCAACAAUAUUAAUUAACUCUUUCUUCUAUUAAUUUGUCUCUAAUAGAUUUUUAAGGUACACGGCUUAGGUACUGUGUUGAAUAUGUUUAUGGUUUGUACCUGAUUUUUGUUAUGUUAUGUUUAGUUUAUUUUAUAAAUAUAUAAAAAGCUGUCGAUAAGUUUUAUACAAACUAUUUAUUUAUUUAUACAUUAUGAAGUCCGGAAACGUUUUUAUAAUUCCUACAGUUAUAUUUUUAUUUAGUGUUGCAAGGAAUCAUAGACGAUGGUGAUAAAUUAGCACGAGAUAAUAAAAAGCAAUGGCUGCUUCACAUAUCUAAUAUACCCCUCGCCAAACUUGUAGUUUGCUCCUACGCUACAGCACCUACAAAAACCCAUGGUUUAAUAAUAUACUCCGCCUGCGAGCCUACCAUUAACUGUUAUUGCGAUUCAAUUGACGACCUAAAAUCACCUGCAUCGGAAUUGAAUCGCUAAUUAAAAGUUGAUGGUAGGCCAUCUGGUAUUCUCUUCCCGUGACAGCUAGAGCUGUGUCACGUGAUUGGCCUAAGAAUUCGUCAUCAGUUACGAUGACUGUUCUCAAACUAUUUUCGAGUGAAACAACGCUAUAGAUGUUAGCGACACGACAAUAGCGAUGAAAUGGCGAACUGUCUGUAUGACAUAUUAUAUUAUAUCGGUAUAUUAUUAUACCAUGCAAAAACCUGUAUUUCUUGCUACGCAGUGACAAGAAAUACAGUUAUUUUUCCAGAUGAGUCGAUAUUAAAUAUUUCAGACUCGGGUGUCUUGUUUCGUGGACAUCGACAAAAAACUUUUUCAAUGCUGAUAGUUCGAAAGCUUUUCCAGCGAAGCCGAGCCGGGCCGUGGAGAUCAAAUUUGUAGCUCACAGGCGCGGGGCGUCUUGGAAGGAGACUAGAACUUCGGACCGACUACUUUCAAGGCGAGCAAUUAGUUGCCCAAUACGAUGCAACUUCAGGGCGUACUAGUAGUUUGGCGAGGCGUAUACCUGUGUACCUUUUUAAUGUAGAGAAUGUAGGUAAAUAAAAACAUUUUUUUCACUGUGUAGAAUUUUAUUAAGUAGUGUUAUUAAAGUAUAAAAUUUUAUUAAAUUAUCGGUGUUUUAAA